CUUGGAAAUGCGUGAAGUAUCACAGGGUUAAAGUCCAACAGGUUUCAACAGAGACUGUACAAUAUCUGACAGAUCUCGGCGUAUUGGUUCAAGGGCAUCUUGCAGGAGGUCUCUCAUGAAGUCCCGAGAGAUAGACUAAAGAUGAUCUUGGCUUCAGUCAACUACAAACAUCUAAAUAUAUUGGUCCUCUUUCUUUUCCUGUUUAUCUUAUCCUUUGUAUGGAAACGUGCAAGUAUCGCCUCUGGGGUGUCAACAAAUAUUCAAAAGUUGAUUUGUCAAGAAAAAGAGAACCAAAAUGAGACAGCAGUUAAAAGCCCAACCCCCCCAAAGAAACACGAGGAGGACAUUAUUGUCCUCAUUUGGAAGUGGCCCUGGGGAUAUCAAUCUCCUUUAGAUAAGUGUCCUGAAUAUGGUAUAUUUGGAUGCAAGUUGACAGUAGAUAGAAGUCUAUAUGGUGUUGCCGAUGCUGUCCUUAUUCAUCACGCAGAUAUUAUGUAUGAUAAAAACUCUUUGCCCCAAGAGCCAAAACCUAAUUUUCAGCGUUGGAUCUGGUACAAUAUGGAACCACCACGGAUUAUCCAGAACUUGAAAAUGUUAGAUAACCUAUUCAACAUGACCAUGACCUUCCGGCGCGAUUCAGAUAUACAUUAUCCAUAUGGUCAGAUGGAGCCAUUAAAAAAGAGAGGGCAAAACUUUACCAUUCCAAAAAAAUCCAAGCUGGUCUCUUGGGUCGUCAGUAAGUGGUACUCUGGUGCCCCCCGCAUUGCAUAUUAUGAGGAGCUAAAGAAUCACAUCACUAUUGAUGUAUAUGGAGCAAAGCACAAGAAACUAAGCUGGGAUGAUUUCUAUGCCACCAUAUCUCAGUACAAGUUCUACCUCGCCUUUGAGAAUUCAGUCUACAAGGAUUAUAUCACCGAGAAGUUGUGGUCCAAUGCUUUUGGAUCAUGGGCGGUUCCAGUUGUGUUGGGAACAUCUCGGAAGAACUAUGAACGUUUUGUCCCUGGAGAUGCCUUCAUUCACGUCGAUGAUUUCACAAGUCCUAAGGAAUUGGCUGCCUAUCUUCUAGAGUUGGACAAGGACGAUGAGAAGUACAGGAAGUUUUUCAACUGGAGAUUUCAAUAUCGUGUUGCUUUUAGUAGAGGAGCAUCAUAUGGCUACUGCAAAAUAUGUGCAAUCAUCAGAGAAAGUCCUGUUUACCAGGUCCUUCACAGUGUGGAAAAGUGGUUUCUGGAAGAUGUGUAAUUUUUGACCUGGAAAG